UUCUAGUUCUACGAAGCACAUUGAAGCAUCGUUUGCUUGUGAGGUUUACUUAGAAGAAAAAAAGAGAACUUAGAUUUUAGUAAAGUUUUCAAGUUGAAAGUGCUAAUAUUUAAUUAAUAAUAAAAAUGAAAGACGAACAAAAUGAGAAUGAUAGUCAAAAUGGAAAUAAUUCCCAAGACAGCGAUGAUGAGCAAAUUACUGAACCAGAACAUUUACGUAAAUUAUUUAUUGGCGGCUUAGAUUAUCGUACAACUGAUGAUGGAUUAAAAUCGCAUUUUGAAAAAUGGGGUAAAAUUGUAGAUGUUGUUGUGAUGAAAGAUCCACGCACAAAAAGAUCGCGUGGUUUUGGUUUCAUUACAUAUUCCAAGUCAUUAAUGAUUGAUGACGCCCAAAAUGCCCGCCCACACAAGAUAGAUGGUCGCGUUGUUGAGCCAAAACGUGCCGUACCGCGUCAAGAUAUAGACAACCCUCAUGCGGGCGCUACUGUGAAAAAAUUAUUCGUAGGUGGGCUUAAGGAUGAACAUGAUGAACAAUGUCUAAGAGAUUAUUUUUGCAAGUACGGCAAUAUCGUGGAAGUAAAUAUUGUUAUGGACAAGGAUACGGGUAAAAAACGUGGUUUUGCUUUUGUUGAAUACGACGACUACGAUCCUGUUGAUAAAAUAGUCUUGCAAAAAACUCACGUUAUUAAGGGAAAGACUUUAGAUGUGAAAAAAGCUUUGCCCAGGCAGGAUAUGAAUCGUCAAGGCGGUGGAGGUGGAGGUGGCCGGGGCGGUAAUAUGGGCCGUGGAAGCAACAUGGGCGGUGGUAACAUGAUGGGUAAUCAAGGUAGCAUGGGUGGCGGUUGGGGGAAUAACCGCGGCAGCAAUGACAAUUGGGGUGGUAAUUUCAAUAGCGGCGGUGGCGGCGGCGGCGGCGGUAGCAGUUAUAAUAAUGGUAAUGGUGGAUGGGGUGGUAACAAUAUGGGCCCUUGGGAUAACGGAAACGGUAACUGGAAUAGUAGCGGCGGGGGCAGCUUUGGUGGCCCAAAUAAUGGGUCCGGCAACAGCGGCAAUUGGGGAAAUAACGAUUUUGGCUGCGGCUAUCAACAAAGUUACAGUGGCGGACCUCAACGGAGCGGCGGCAACUUUCCUAAUAAUCGCAUGCAACCUUAUAACAGCGGCAACUUUGGCGGCAGUAAGGGUAAUACUGGUAACUUUGGUGGUAACAACCCAGGCUACAACAGUAGUGGUUCUAUGGGAAGUGGUGGUGGCGGUGGUGGUAAUAACAACCGAAGGUAUUAAAAAAAAAGGUGAUCAUUUUGAACCAGUUAAAACAGAUCUAUAUUCAAAGUCAAUAUCAAACAAUCAAUAAGUGAAGCAAGCAAUGUUGUAAAAUGUAAGGCCCUACACUCCCUCCAAAUCAAUCAAUCAAUCAAUCAAUCAAUCAAUCAAUCAAUCAAAAAAAAGAAAUAAUAUAAUAAACUAAACUACCAGAUCAGUGUGCAACAAAAACAGUUCAGAGAGUUCUCGUUCUAAGUGAAAGAAAAGCAGAUAAAACAAAAGAGAGAGAGAGAGAGAAAGUAAAAAAAGGAAACCGCAGUGUCAGAAUCUAUAUUAAAUGUAAGCAUUGACAGUUUGCUUGAGAGAGGACGCGCAGAGAGACAGAGAGAGAGAGAGAGAGAAAGAUAAAAACACAGGUGAUGAUGUUAUGUGUGAUAUAUUAAGGCCAGCUCUGAAAUGUGUAUGGUAAAGUAAACAGAAGAGACAGGAAGAGGACAGAGAGAGAGAGAGAGAGAGUGAGAGAGAAAUGUGAUAAUAUGACCCCAGAACAGAAGAAGAGAAGAUCAAACAAUGCAUUAUACGAUUAAUUAAUAAGAAGAACAGAAACAGAAGAUCUACCAGAAAAGUGUUCUAUGGAGGAGAGAAAAAAUAGACACAUAUUAUUGUAACAGAGAGAAUAUCACCAACCCCCCUUUCCCUCUCAUUCAGUUUACUUGACUGCAUACGCAUUCACG